AGACUAAAUGAUCUGAAAUAUUAAAAAUGAGAUUGUUACUUCUGUAAUUUCAUAAUUCCUGUAUAAUUUUAUUUUCUAAUUCGUCUUCCUGCUAACGCAAUAAAAUGAGGCAGGAUUCUUCGCAAGUGACUUCUAUUUCAUCAGAAGAUUUUAAAACUGAACCUGAGGCAGCCCCAGCAGCAUCUGGUGGUAUAUUAUGGCGCAUGGGAAGCGGGAUGGUGAAUAUGACAAAGGGAGCAGUUGGUGGAACUGUGGGGUUAGGUGUUGGCGCGGUUAAGCUUGUCGCAAGCACUUCAUAUGUAGUAGCAUCUAAGACUGCAGAAGUGGGAGUAAAUGCAACUAAAGCUGUUGCUGGUAAAAGUUACGAUGUGGUAGCUGGGGGCGUGUCAACUGUGACAUCAAGACUGCCAUCUGUCCCAAGACCAUCCUUAGCGAGCAAAAAAGACAAAACUGAAUGACCGUCUCAGUCUUAAAACUUUGUUGUGAUUUUUCUUUUUAAAUCUGCAAUGCACAUGCAAUGUCGUAGUGUUGGGUGUAUAGUAUUGCUGUUGGGCGUUAUUUUUAUCAGAAGCAAAAUCUGGUGCAUUUUCAAAAGCUGCAAUAAUACUUAGUGUUAAAAUUGUACAUAAACUACAAUGUAUUAGAUGUGCAUUGCAUUAUAAUGUUUAUAUGCCAAAGAAAAGUACAUUGCAAGGUAAUCAAGUUACACCAAUCAUAUUCAAAGAAUGUCCAAGACCACAAUGCACAUAUGGUACCUAAUGAUGUUUUACGUUUCUGUAGUUAAAAAUAACUCGUUUUAACACUUCUAACAAACCAUGGACAAUUGUAUAUAAGCGUGUUUUCAGCUGCUACAGCUGCAGCAAAUGGGGAAAAGCCAUUCCAAUGCAUAUCACUUACUUUUCACUAACUUCAUAAACACUAAAUACUCAAUAAUAAUAAUGAUGUUUAGAGAAUAUAUUUCUUCAAGUCUACUCAACAAAUCUGUGCCUUACAUCAAUACAAGAACUAGGUCGCUGUAAA